AUGCUGACCCUACCCCCUCGAUCAAUUUUCACGAGAGCGACGCAGCUCCCGAAGGCCAUCUGGUCGUUCUAUUCCCCCAUCGACCAACAAGCCGAUUCCGACAACCAAGAAGCACCCGCCAUUUCAGAGGAGAUCAGUGGGAUCAAGCGCUAUGAAGAUUUUACCACAAUAGACUGGGUUCAAGAUGCUGUCUACGAGCAGUCACGGCGGCGCGCGAAACGGCGCAGCGGCACUAGAUUCUGGGAUCAGGAAGGCAUUUUGGGCUGGAGACGGAAAAUGUACGAGUCAUACGAUGCAGGCCAAGCAUGGCUUGUUGUUACGCUUGUGGGAAUGGCAAUUGGAUUAAACUCAGCUUUGCUCAAUAUCAUCACGGAAUGGCUCUCUGAUAUUAAGCUGGGCCAUUGUACUACCGCAUUCUAUCUCAACGAGUCUUUCUGCUGCUGGGGCGCUGAGAAUGGCUGCCCUGAGUGGAAACAUUGGACUUCAUUUUGGCUGUUCAAUUAUGUUUUCUAUUUCUUUGGCGCGUUACUACUUUCAUCCAUCGCCGCAGUCCUGGUCAAAUCAUUUGCGCCGUAUGCCGCAGGCUCUGGUAUCUCAGAGAUCAAAUGCAUUAUUGCUGGCUUCGUCAUGAAGGGUUUCCUAGGUGCUUGGACUCUUCUAAUCAAGUCGAUUGCCCUUCCACUGGCUAUUGCGUCGGGUUUGUCUACGAGAGAAAUCUUGACUGCCUCGGCGGCAGCUGGUGUGGCUGUCGCUUUUGGCAGUCCAAUUGGAGGCGUGCUGUUCUCUCUAGAGGAAAUGGCAAACUAUUUCCCCCUCAAGACUCUUUGGCGCAGUUAUUUCUGUGCCUUGGUCGCAACGAGUGUGCUGGCGGCUGUCAAUCCUUUCAGAACUGGUCAAUUGGUCAUGUUCCAAGUGGAGUAUGAUCGCACAUGGCACUUUUUCGAGCUCCUCUUCUUUAUUGGCCUCGGUGUCUUCGGUGGACUUUACGGCGCAUUCGUAAUGAAAUGGAACCUUCGAAUGGCUGCCUUCCGCAAGAAAUACCUUUCACAGUGGCCCAUAACCGAGUCAGUUGUUCUCGCGGGACUCACUGCGAUCCUGUGCUAUCCCAACAUGUUUCUGAAGAUCAACAUGACCGCAAUGAUGGAGAUCUUAUUCCGCGAAUGUGAAGGUGGCCAUGACUACGAAGGACUAUGCGAAUCCAAGAACCGAUGGCCGAUGGUCUUCUCACUAGCUAUUGCGACUGUUCUUCGCACUGGCCUGGUAAUUAUUUCCUACGGCUGCAAGGUACCAGCUGGUAUCUUCGUGCCUUCGAUGGCCGUCGGGGCUUCGUUCGGCCGCAUGGUUGGAAUCAUGGUACAGGCAUUAUAUGAAUCAUUCCCGCAAUCGGCAUUCUUUGCUUCGUGUGACCCAGAUGUUCCUUGCAUUACGCCGGGAACAUAUGCGUUCCUGGGAGCUGGGGCAGCCCUUAGUGGAAUCAUGCAUCUGACCAUCUCUGUAACGGUCAUUAUGUUCGAGCUGACUGGCGCACUGACCUACAUUCUACCGACCAUGAUCGUGGUAGGCGUCACCAAAGCCGUUGGUGACCGAUUCGGCAGCGGCGGUAUCGCCGAUCGAAUGAUUUGGUUCAACGGGUUCCCAUUCCUAGACAACAAAGAAGACCACGUCUUCAACGUACCUGUAUCCCACGCAAUGACCACAGGCCCGCUCUCGGUGCCAGCAUCGGAUUUCCCCGUACGCGAAGCAGAACAUCUCCUAAACGACAACAAGUUCCAAGGCUUCCCCGUCGUGGAAGACCGCACUUCCAAAACCCUAGUCGGAUACAUCGGCCGAACCGAACUCCGAUAUGCUAUCGACCGCGCCCGCAGCCAAGGCAUGGUCGCGCCAAACGCCCGGUGUGUAUUCACCAAAGACGCAGCUGAUGCAGCCAUUGCGCGCAGGGCAUCCGUCUCGCACCACGCUCGGUCAGAUACAUUCGAUGCAAUCGAGCAGAGCGCUGGAGCAUCUUUCGUCGAUUUCUCACGAUAUGUCGACCACACACCGCUGACCGUUCACCCGCGCCAUCCUCUCGAAACGGUCAUGGAGAUUUUCAAGAAGAUGGGCCCGCGCGUUAUUCUCGUCGAGCACCGCGGUAAACUCACCGGCUUGGUUACUGUCAAGGACUGCUUGAAGUAUCAGUUCAAGGUCGAAGCCGAGGAACAUACUCUGGCAGCGACGAGUUCUUCUGAAUUCGGUGCGCUUGGUGGACAUCUGAAUAACCCUGCUCCUGAAACACUGGAAGACCGCUUGUGGCGGCUCAUUCAGAAUGUCGCUGGGUUUGUGUCUGGUAAGGUCUCUCGCCGGCCGGUCCGGCCGCGUGACCGCACUGUACCUAGGCAAUCGGAGCCGGCGGAUACCACAGCAGGCAGGGAUGAUGAUGCAGCGGUAGAAUUGGAGGAUAGAGAGGAUCGGCCGAUGAUCCCAUGA